AGUUCAAUUUCGAACGCACAUGCGCUGCAGUACUUUAAGUCUGUUACUUACUGCGGCGAAGAGUACUGCAGGCAUGAAUGUGCGAUAGAUAACGACGACUAAAUCAUAUUAGGGUUAAUGUCGGCAGCAGAAUAAUUCUACGGACAGAUCAGCAUUUAAAACAAUAUUGAAAAUACGAUAAACAAACGGAAGUAACAAAAUCCUAAACCAAGAUGCUCGAGUCCGAGUUCGACUGGUCUGAGGGCAAGCGGGGCAGCUUCUCGUGGCUGGAUUACGUGGUGUUCGGAGGGAUGCUGGUGCUCUCCCUCGCCAUCGGCAUCUUCUACGCCGUCAGGAGCCGCAAGAAGUCCAACGACGAGUUCCUCCUGGGCAGCAGCAGUCUGACUUGCUUCCCCGUAUCCAUGUCUCUCCUGGCCUCCUACAUUUCUGCAAUCCUCGUGCUUGGCGGGCCCUCCGAAGCCUACUACCACGGUGUGCAGUGGUGGGUCAUCUGCAUCGGCCAGGUAGCCCUUCCUGUGGCGGCUACCGUCUUCAUGCCUUUCUUCUACGAACUCAGACUCACUUCGAUCUACGAGUACCUGGAGCUGCGUUACUCGUCGCGCCUCGUCCGCUUCGUCGCCGGCGGGAUGUUCGUGAUUCAGAUGCUCCUGUAUCAGGCGGUGGUGAUCUACGCCCCCGCCCUCGCCCUCGCCUCCGUCAGCGACUUCCCUCUGUGGGCGUCUGUGAUCUCCGUGGGGCUUAUCGCCUCCGUCUAUACAGCUAUUGUGAGUUGUUGUUGUCCUAGAGAGAAACAGAGCGACAGAUACACCCAUUCCUACAUACCUACAACCCCUUUUCUCUCUAUAAAGUACCUGGAGCUGCGUUACUCGUCGCGCCUCGUCCGCUUCGUCGCCGGCGGGAUGUUCGUGAUUCAGAUGCUCCUGUAUCAGGCGGUGGUGAUCUACGCCCCCGCCCUCGCCCUCGCCUCCGUCAGCGACUUCCCUCUGUGGGCGUCUGUGAUCUCCGUGGGGCUUAUCGCCUCCGUCUAUACAGCUAUUGGCGGUUUGAAAGCCGUGGUCUGGACUGACGUUCUGCAGUUGUUCAUCCUGAUUGCCGGUCUCUUCGCCAUCAUCAUUAAGGGCCUCUAUGACAUGGGAGGCUUCGGGCCCGUCUGGGACAUCGCCGUCAAGCAUGACCGAGCUGGUCCUCAGAUUUUCACAUACGGGUUUUAUCCGCUUCAACGUCACACUGUCGCCAACAUUGCAAUCAGCUCCAUCGUCGGCAAGCUAUCUCAGUACGCGUGCACUCAGACCACUGUCCAGCGUUACGCCAGCAUGAAGAGUCUCACCCAUGCCUACGCGUCCAUAUUCCUCGUCAUGCCUUUCUUCAUUCUGCUAAUCUCUCUCACCAUGGUAGCAGGGAUCGUAAUGUUCGCGACGUACGAGGGCUGCGACCCCCUGGCGGCCGGACUCAUCACCAAGAAGGACCAGAUCCUGCCCUUCUACGUCAUGGAUCGCCUCAGCUCCAUCCCGGGGCUUCCGGGGCUCUUCGUGGCCUGCAUCUUCUCCGGCGCCCUCAGCACCAUCUCCUCGGGCGUGAAUUCCCAGGCUGCCGUCACGUGGGAGGACGUCUUCUCCAGGAGGCCGAGCUGCGCCAAGCUCUCGAAGACGUCGCAAGCCUGGAUCACUAAGUUUUUGGCCUUAGGUUACGGGAUCCUGGCGAUGGGUCUGGCUUUUCUCGCGGGCCACAUGGGCGGGGUUCUCCAAGCCGCCAUUGCCGUGACGUCAUCGGUAGCGGGUCCUAUGUUGGCCUGCUUCAUCAUGGCACUCUUCCUCCCCUUCACAAACUAUAAGGGAGCGAGCGCGGCACUGAUCGUGGGCACAGCUGUAGCCCUAGGAUUCAGCUUCGGUGCGACGGCCCUGGGCAUCAAACCUGAGCUCCUGCCGUCGCCCACUGAUGCGUGCCCUGCCAACAUCACGCUGCCGCCGCCCCCUGAUGUUCCCCCCGUCAGAGUAUCCAGCCUAAACUAUCCUGAGAAGAUCCUGGGCUUAUCCUAUACGCUACUCGGCCCUCUAGGUUUGGUUGUAGGACUGUUUGUUGGGAUCUUUGUCAGCCUUAUGACAGGUCGAUCUCGAGGCGUCCGUGUAGAGAGGUCACUCGUGCAUAAGUGGGUCAGAUGGACCCUCCCUGACCCCAACAAGGUCACAGCUCAGGUCAAAGCUCACUCCUACAGCAACAAACUUUCGACGCAGUUUUAGGAUUUGUUAUUUGUUAUUCAGUGAUAAUAUGUCAUAAUAUUGGUUCUAAUAUUAAGAGAAAAAAUAUUAUUUUAUGCACUGAAAUACUUUCGAUAGUUAAAAGAAAAUCUAAAUUUACACACUGAUAUAUAACUGUGUUAUGUGUGAAUAUGAAAUUAUUAUCGUUGAAGAAU